UGUGAUACAAAUCGCAAUACCCGCGACUGGCUUGUAAAACAGCUGGUAACGUUUGGCGAAAGGCCGCAAGAUCGGCGGACGCGUGAUGCGCUCGUGGCCGCUCGUGCUUCUGCUACUCGUGCAUUGGUCACGCUCGACACUGCUGAUUACUACCGCCGACCUACACGCCGAGCUCAAGGAUGGCGCUGUUACGUCGCGCCGACUCAGUGGGAGCGGCAACGCCGGCCUCUUCCGCGCGAUAAGCGGCUACGGCUUUCGCACGCAGAGCAACGCAGCGAUCUUGCCGAAUCUGAGCCUCGAGGCGUGUGCGACGGCGUGCGUGCGCGACGCGGCCUGUCUCGCGUUCGACCUCGAAGCCAGCACGUGCUACAUCGCGCAUACGGACCGCUACGCCCACCCCGCCGACUUUUUGCCCCGUCCCGCGAGCACCCACUACGAGUGGCAAGGCGCGGUGGCCACACCGACGAUCGCGCCCAACGGCGGCGUCCUGACCUCGUACGGCGCGGUCCAGCUCUUUACGACGUCACGCCAGGCCGCGAUAUGGUACGCGCUCAAGGCCGUCGCGGACGGAGCGACAACAAACUACGCGGCGUACGCGAUCGGGACGACGAUCACGCUGCCCGAGUACCCGUGCUAUGUCCUUGCCUACGCAACCAAAGCGGGCUUGACCGACAGCGCGGUGCUCGUGUCCAACCCGUUUACAAUAUACGCGACCAAGUACAUGUACCUCGUGCCCUUCUACAACGGGUAUGGCUUCCACGGCCUCGUCACCCAAGUGCAGCUCGACGUCCAAGGCGUCAAGCGCCCGCGGCCGUCGCGCGUGCUCGAGUUCACCGAUAUCAACACGACGCUCGGUAUUGGACCGUACACCAACCAGCUGCAGACGAUCAACCUCACGGCGUACGAUCCGCGGCUCGCCGGUUUUUACGAUGGCUUUACCGCGGUCACGACUGUCGGGUAUGCCAAUGUGAGCUUGCAGUCGUUCCGCAACACCUCGCGCUGGGUACUGAUUCCGAACGAUGCGUAUACUCCAGCGAUUGGCGACUACAUUUAUAACCCGUCGCUGCGCCGCCAAGAAGAGUAUUUGUACCUGUGCCCGUACCAAAAUGCACUGGGCUACUCGGGUGUCAUUGCCAAAGUCAACGUCCGCGGCUUCCAAGCCUCGACAAGGAACGACCCGCCGUUUUUACCACUUGUGCAUACGCUCGACCUGACGACAAUCGAUGCGUCGCUCACUGGCUUUAGCGCUUGCUUUACGAGUGGCAACUAUGGCUACUUUGUCCAGCGGCGCAACGCCAACGGACUCGCGGGCUGCAUUGUCCGCGUCGACCUCACGCGCUUUGGCACACCGGCGUCUGCUGUGACGGUGCUCAACGCGACCGCGAUCGACGCCCGCUUCGUCGGCUUUAGUGGCGCUGUCGUGUUCAACAACGUCGCGUACCUCGUGCCCUUUGAGCGCAACAAGGUGGGCUUGGAGCGCAAUGUCAACUACAAGCACUUUCCGACUGCAACGUCGAGCGUCGUCGGCGUCGUCGACUUGACCACGUUUGCCACCGUGACGCCCCUCGACCUCGCCGUCUUGGACCCCAAGUACGCGUGCGGCUACUUUGGGGGCUUUCUGGUGAGUCAGUUUGUCUACUUUGUGCCGUACAUGUGGACGACCGACACGACGUCGCCCGAAGUGAACCCGUACCACGGCCUCUUGACGCGACUCAACACGAAGACGCAGACGCUCGAGCAGCUGGACCUGACGACGGUCGACAUCUCGCUCCGCGGCUUUAUGCGCGGCUUUGCCUUUGGUCGGUAUGCCAUAUUGGUGCCGCACCGCAAUGGUCUGACGACACAGCGCCCGAUGCGCCUCAACCAGCCGCAGAAACACAACCUGGGCACGAUCGUCGCCGUCGACAACGACAACUUUACGCCGUCCGGUGUCCGGUCCCUCGAUCUCACGUUGGCCUUGCGCAGUCAGAUUCCCAACAUGCCGGACGCGGACCUCCGUGGCUUCAUCGGCGGCGGCGUCUCGGGCGAGUAUGGCUUUUUCGUACCCUACUUUAACGGCGUGCGCUUCUCUGGCAAGGUCGUGCGCGUGAAUUUGCGGACGUUUGGCGAAGUCCAAGUCCUCGACAUGACGCAGCAGCAGGACACGCUGCGCGGGUUUACGAACGCAGUGUUUCCCCAGUUGGCGACGCAGACGCAGACGUCGCUCUGGAAUUAUGUGAUCCCCGAUGGCACCCAAGUCCAGUACAACUUUAUCACCAUCGACAUGUAAUAUACACGACAUUGUGUCCCAAAACUCAAAACUCAAACUUCAAACUUCAAAACUC